CACUGAAAAUGAGGUACUGGGUGGAAACACGCUCAUCCGCAAGCCCACGUGCCUCUCCCCGGCCAGAAAAUCCACGCGUGACACUACACCCGCGUGAACGCACGACAAUACUAACAGAACAGUCAUCGUCGCCAUCAUCCUCAGCCUCCCCCUCCUCACCCUGAGCCUCCUCGUCAUCAUCCUUAGCCACCUGGGCCCUCCCCAUUCUCAUCCUUCAUCACCUGAAGUCUUAUCCUGUUCCUCAUUCUACAUUAAUAUCUUAGUUCUUCUCCUACUACUGUGUUUUUUUUUGCCCUCCUAAUAUUUAUCCCACUUUUAUUUCGACUGUCCUCCUCGUAUUUGACCGACUUCCUCCACGCCCUCCUUGCCCUACAUUAUACACCCGCGACGAUGGCCAUACCUCGGCUCUGAAUGGAACGGGCAAGUGGCCCGAGUGUGACUGCGACUCCGUUGGGACUUCGUGUGACCCCGUGACGCUCACGACAAGUCGCCACGUGCAGCUUGGAUUUCUGAUCGCUGCGGCCCAACAAAACCUCGAUCGACGAAAGCCUCCCGGGCCACGGCACCCUCCACUUGUCUCUCAUUGGACUUGAAGGAAGUGUGCCCGGCAGGCGUUAUGAUCGAUCAUUAAUCCCAGCCAAGAUCAUCAUCAUACUCCAUUCUCUGGUGUCGGACUCGUUUUCAUCGUCAAUGUACAUUGGCUUAUAUAGCCUUGUUCAAAGAAACGUCUACAACAUUUACAUCUGCUAUAUCACUAUUAGUGCUGGACAAUUGGGGUCAUAGCCUUUCAGGCCUGUACUUCGGCAAACCUUUGAAAAGUGUCCCCGAGUGCUUUAAAACCCGAGUUUGGCCAUCUCAAUCCAAGGCCUCCAGCAACUCUUGGACGGUGUCUUACUCCCAACCAUCAUAACCUUUCAUCCCAGACGUAGAACGACCAGAUCUUGCAGAUUCUUCCAAACGUCUUCUCUACCAAGCCAUCUCUUCUAUUAAAUUGAAACACGUUUUUCCUAUAUUUCAUAAACUAACUUAACGUCAGUAUAAAUUUGAGGCCUGCAGCAGGCCUUAGCUGGACUGCACACGGCCAGCAGCGUCUGUACGAGGGCAGAAUUGACGCCCAAUAAAAUAAUCUUGACUCAGCCCUGAAGGGAAACUAAAAGGGUUACAGAUAAGUCAGACUUUUGAGGAUACAAGUAGGCGGGACACAGCGUGGAUGCGCCUGACACAAUAUUGUUCACAGCAAAUUAAAAGGGGACUUUUAUUCCUGGUUUAAAUUUCAUUCGUGAAUUCAAAAAGAAUCCGCAAACACUCAAUUCAUUGUCAAGAAUAAAGCCUGUUGGUUUGGCAUUGAAAUUGGAAAUCUUCAAAUAAAGUUAAUUCCAAGUUUAAUGACCUGAUUGUGAAUCACACACAGUUCCAGCAAAUCCAUACAAUUGUCUACCCAUAUCCGAACCCAACAGAAUCAAGCGGAAUCCAAACAGAAUCUGCUCCUUCAACCACCACUUAAGAAUCCAGUGACAGCGACUCACGAAUAUUCUGGUUUCAAUAACAAACAAGACAGCUUCCAACACAAGUGGAUUUUUUCAGAUGAGAACAAUUUGUUCAUCGGCAAGCAGUCAAGUUUCACCCGCCAAACCUUCGUGCGAACAAGACAUCUGCAUCGCCUGCGUCAUUUUGUCUUAAACACAAAACCGCAUCGCUCACCUCUGCAUGUUCACAACAAUGCCGGCCAUCGCAGAGAUAACCUCAGCCCUGCAAGCCCUCGCGGCCGCCACCAACGGAAUCCCGGCCAACGUAAUGACAUCUCUACCCAGCGAGCCACUGGGCGCACUCUUACAAAGCAUGCAGGGCAAUCACCAUCAACAUCCAGUGAGCCACCACCACCACCACCAGAGCGCCGGUCUCCACCACAGCGCCGGCCUCCAGCAGCAGAGCGGCCACCUCGCCGACGUGAUGUCCCUGAGCGAGCACAUGGGCCGCGGCGGAGCGGAUGGGGGCGGCGGCGGCGUCGUUGGCGGCGCUGGUGCCGGAAUGGGCAUCUUGGGAGCAGCCGGAGGAGGGGGCCUGCUCCACAUGAAGGGCGUCAUGCGGCGCCGGCAGCUCUACUGCCGCACGGGAUUCCACGUCACCCUGCUGCCCAACGGCACGGUGCACGGCACGCGUCGGGACCACAGCCGAUUCGGGAUCCUCGAGUUCAUCAGCGUGGCCGUGGGGCUGGUGAGCAUCCGCGGGGCGCACACGGGCAUGUACCUCGCCAUGAACCAGCGCGGAGAGCUGUAUGCAACAGCCGCAAUGUCGUCGGACACCAUCUUCCGCGAGCAGUUCGAGGAGAACUGGUACAACACGUACGCCAGCGCAGCCCACCGCCACGCUCUCUCCUCCCGCCGCCUGUACGUGGCGCUCAACCGCGACGGCUCACCCCGCGACGGCACGCGGACUCGCCGGCACCAUAAGAACGCGCACUUCUUGCCGCGUCCUGUCAGCGACGGCGGGCCGGGCGGCCGGCUGGGGGAGACCGAAGCCUCGGAGCGCGAGCAGGCGGCGCUCGUGAGGUCGCUCGGCAAGCAGCGCAGCUGAUGGCACAAAACAAACGUUUAGUAACAUUUUUCGGGUCAAGGGUCAGCGACCGUCGCGCCAGUUGUUGGCGAUUGACUUCAACACCUUAAAGUGCACACGUUCGUUUUCCAGAUUGUUGUUAUUAUUUGUUAGCCCAAAUCAUUAUUUAUUCAGUGUGUAUUAGGUUGAUCAGAAUGCAGUGUUGCUGUUUAAGUUAAGUGAACCUCGCAUUGAUAGCGGAAAGGAAAUAGUUCAUUUAAGGUGGCUGGGUGGCUCUUGGGCGCUCGUCAUCCUGAGGCAGGACUGAGAAGAGGCUGGGUGUGAUCUGCGUCAACUCCUGUUGCCCCACCUGGUCCUUCCUUCUGUCCAGUGCAAGUUCGAUCCGUUCAGCAGCAAAGUCGCCGACGAAGCACAAAAUAGAACCACCUCGCCACUGGUUUUGCACUUCAUUCGGUGGAGCCCAGGCCGGAGGCUGAGCCAGAAGGGUGCAUUGUGUGAACAAUUAAUUCACCUUCACGACUAAGUAAAAAAUGUCGAGUAGUUAGAGCACUUUCUGCGAGAUAGACUUCUGAAAAACGACAGAGGAAGCCUGGGAUGUCACUGUUGCAUGAUGAUGCGUCUCAUCGGUGUGAAGAAGUGCAUACGAGUUUCGAAUAUUCACAUUGGGGAGGUGGGGGGGUGGAAAGCGUAAAAACAUGAAAAAUAUGACAAUAAUAUAUUUUUUUAAAACCCGAAACGAAAAAUAUUCUUGGACCAAAAACAGUUCCGACAUGCUAACUGAUGUUACACGAUUAUUUUAACACGAGUCAAUUUCUCUGGCUGUGUCGACUGACCCUGGGAUCUGUUGGUUCCUAGCUCCUGUGGUUCCUUGCCUCGCAAGCUAUGUGCUGUCUCGCAAAUCACACGAUCACACCGGUCAAUCACAUCAAUGGACAUCACACAUUUGGUGCCGGGCGACAUAUGCCUCAAUAAGACGUCGAUACCGGCAUCUACCCAGUAAACAUGCAACAUUGCGCCAUCAACGUUGGCCCAAUAUCGGCCUGACAUUCAAUAUCUACUGGGCAGUAUGUAUGUCCUGUAUUUGAACUUCUUUCGCACCGUACGUAGCCAACCAUGCUAAUCGGAGGUGCGGGGAAGGACAACAAACUCAACACAAAAAGCAGUUCUAAAGAUGUAGUUUUCAAUCUAGAUUUAACAGUGCAUAAGCUCCAGUGGCUUCCUAAUAUUGGAAGGAAGAGCAUUCCAGAUGGCCGCAGAAUCGCAUCUGAAAACGCGUGAUGCAGUGACCAUCUUUGUUCGAUGGUUCGCCGAAAGCCACUGCGAGGAUGACCGCAGUUUGCGUGAUGGUCUAUGUCCCUUUGCGAGAUCAGCAAGGUAUUGUGGUUUAUUUGUGGCGAGCACUUUGUGUAAGAGGUCGUAUAUAUAGAGUGAAUGUGAAGGUGCGAUGACCUCAUCCGAUUCUGACCACUGCCUCGGGACAAAGAGCGGCCCUGGCAGUCGUAUGAGUGGGUAGUUGAGGUUAGAGUCGUUUCUGCAGAUUGUGCAAGGUGAUAUCAACGUUUAAAAUUAACUGGGCCCAUAUCACCCAGGUCGGGUGAAAGUGCGCAGUGGAAUAAAUGUAAUAAAAAUAAAAAUUAACAUGAAACAGAAACAAUGAAAAUAGCACUAAAUAUGAAACUUUAUUUAAACUUAAAUGCCACAGAUGUAAUUUAUAGGACUCUGGCCUUUGACCACCCAGCAACAAUGGACGCUGUCCUGCCCUAAAUGGUGUGGCAGAGCCAAGACAUCUGCUUCAAGAAGAAUUACCAUCGAAUAAUCACCGAGAUAGCGUGUACUAUUGUUCUCUUCAUACGCGUAACUGAAUUAGCGUAGUUCUAACUCUGACUUCUGCUGGUGCCCAACCCUCCCAGGACAGCGAGCCUCAGAAGGCGUUCUGCACUAGGACGAGGCUCUGAUCCCAACUAGGCCGCAUCAAUCUAAAACGCUAUAAUCUCCGUUAUUUAUUACCGCAUUGAUAUUAUAGAAGGCAUAAUUUAAGCAAUAUUAACAUAUUAUCAUGACUAUGCCGUUCCUGUAUGUUUGAUAACUGCCUUAAAUGAUCGGUUCUGUCGUCAGUGUAAUCAAUAACCGGUAUUUAAUGUAAUCUCAAUAUCACUAGCUUUCUGAUGCAGAUAUGGCUGUAACCAAUCACACAUAUAAUUACUUAGUUUGAAAUUACAGAUAUCUAUGCAUAUUUAAGGUACGUUGUAGUAUACGUAACGUAUUAUUAAUAUAUACAGAGAGAUUACUAUACUGUAAUUAAGGUUGUAUACAUGACUAAUAAUAAAGUGGCUCUGCUGGACUAGAAUUAGCGAACGCAAUAGCCUGAGAGGUUAUUAAAGCUGGGGUCUAACUCAGAAUGUGGUUCUGAUCGUUUUGGUGUGGGCUUGGGGGAUGCCUCACCAUUGCGGGAUAGGAUUCAAACUCAAGGUUCACGUGCCACUCAUGUCGAGAUGAUCAUGAGAGUGGCACGAGAAUGUCAAUCGCGUGUGUGUGUUUUUUGGUUCCGUUUGUUCCAGCAUUGGAUCCAGACUCGGAGCAGCGUGCCAUUUGGACUCAGGCAGCGGUGCACACUGUGUGCACAUCACACACUGUGUGCACCGCUGAUGUUACCAGCAGUGCAGAAGCGCCCUAUUUGCCCGACGUGAUGACAACUGUGUACCGGUGUCACCUUUAUUAUUAUUAUCAUCUUCAGUGCAGAGUGGCUCUGCUGCUUGAUUUGAGGGCUGCAUUAUUACUGGUUUUACCGUUUUUAAGUAGCAUAAACAUUGCCGUGUAUGUCCCAUACCGUUCUUUUCAAAUGCGUAACCCUUUUCAGUCUUCGAUGUGACAUGUGAGCAGUAGAGCCCUGCUGCCCGACACAACAAGUGUGUUACGUGGCUUCAGCCCUAUUAGGGAUCAUCGAUGGUGUGUCCCCCAACAACGAUGCUGCCACACACCUUGAAAUAACACUGCGUGGGGCAACUAAACCCAUCCCGGCCCCUGUACACCUGGCAGUGUAAAUAGGUAGAAACCGACGGUCGAUCGACAGGAUGCAGUACGGUGGGGUAAAGUGUGGGCACCUCCACCUCUUCCAAGACGUUUAAGCCAGUGUGGAAACGUAGGUAAAAUGUGGGGGGGGGGGGGG